AUGACUUUUCCCUUCUCUGCUUUUUUUGUUCCCAUUAUUUGUUUAUUUGUGAGGAAGGAACACAUGCGUCGCACCCUGAGGUUCAGAGCGGGGUUCCUGCAAAACCUGAACUCCGGCAGGAACAAUUUCUUUACAUCACUCUGGAAUAAACCGCAGACCCGGGACGAGCGCGUAAAGGAGUACGUGCCUGAGGUCCUUGCGGAAAGUUUAGAAGAGCAGCGAGCUGUGUUGGAGGAGAACACUUCCCGUGACGUUAUUGUGGAGCUGGGGCACAAGGUGCUCCGGGAAAUUGAAAACAAGAGUCCCACGCCCAGUAUAGCUCCUCAUCUGAACAAGAUUAUUCAGGAAUACGGCUCCAAGGAUCUCAUUGCUCAGAGACCACUUAGUUAUUUGUUGUACCCGAGUUCAACACUGAUUGGGGGGCAGCUGCCGAAUGAGCUGGUGGCAAACUUUUCGGACAACCUCCGGAGCCUCGUGGAGGAAGUGGAACGGAACGGGUGUUCCGCCAGACACAAAUCUGUUAAGGGAGAGAAAAAAGAUAAAGACAAAACGAAGAAGGAAGAAAAUGUCUCGCAUGAGACUAGUAGCAGCGGGGCCAACGGUGAGAAUUUGUCCUCCGCUUUAAAAUCUGGCCCUGUGGUUAUGGCAUCAAAGGAAGAGCAUGAGCCAAUGGACAUUACACUUUUCGUGAGGGUAAUUUCUGCAAUGGCCCUGGCCAACGUGCAACAUGGGGACUGGAACAACGCCGUGCGCUGUGUAGAUGUAGCCAUUGCCCAUGUUGUGGAACAGUCGCGGUUGGGAGGGCUUCUUGGUAUGAAGGCCGGCAUUUUGGUUUAUCAGAAAAAGUACGAGGAGGCGGUGGAGUGUGCAAACUUAGCCGUGGAGGCUUCGGGAAACAUUCAGGGUUAUAUUCAUGGUGCUUUUGCGUUGCGUAUCCUUAAAAGGCCCGCGGAAGCAGUGCAACUUCUUGAGAGGGGACGGGAACAGCAUCCAAUGAACACGCAACUUCUGGCGCAGAUGGAAGGAGCGCAGAAGGAUUUGGAACAUAUGGCGAAGGAUGCUAAGACGAUGAUUAGCUCUUGA